GGAGAGCAGUGAACUUAGCAAUUGUAGCAAAUAAUGACUAUAUCUACAAUAAUUAAAUAGCUCUGAUGACUUUUGUUGUGGGUUUUGCGCUUGAUCGUACGUUGAAGUCUUCAGUGAUCGGUUGUGAAAGUGCACAUUUUGGGUGAUUCUAGUGACUUAUCGUCGAAUUUCUUUGAUAGAAGUACGAUGUAGAAACUUUUACCAACUCUGCAAUGUUUGCCAACACAACCAUCUCUUCACGGAGCAGUUCCAGCUGCAGUCGCGACUCCUCGAUGCCUUCUCUUCGAAUGCGAAACCCUCUCUCACCCAAAACUUCCUAUAACCCUCUUUUCCGCCACUCCGACGCUUUUACCAGUUUUGACGCUUCGCACUUUGUCUUCCAAGAACAAAAACGUAAAGACAAGAAGAAUCCUCCCAUUUUGCGACGGUACCACUCCCAUGACUCCCAUCACAAUUUUGAUGAUGUGAGAAUAGAUUCAAAAGAUGAUACCCCGGAUUCGACUAAAAGUAGGGCUAGUACCGGAUCGGAAUCCGGGCAAGAGUACGACGCCAGGGAUUUUCUAGAGAGGUACUCUUUACCAAGAGUUGUGAGAGUGAGCGGAGGAGAACCCUUGCUCUUGUAUCGGUGCUUUGAUAGUUUUACGAAGAUUGAAGCUAGAGGAGUGUUCGGGAAAAAAGGGAAGGAGAAGACUGAUGGGCAAAUUUUACAUUUUCCUGAAGGGUAUUCAGGCUGGUUCUCUUUAACGAACGAAAAAGGUGAAAAGAGCGCCGUAGUGUACACGUCGGUUUUGCAACUCGUCCGAGAACAAGUCUGUUCUUUCGUCAGCAUGCAACCGUUCACGGCGUAUGCCACACAAACGGCAGAUCUUACAGACAGCAGCGGCAAAGUGCAAUAUUUAAAAACUCAAGUCCGCGCGGGUCAACUCUUCCAACUGAGGGCGGUUUUCCAGCACAAGGAGCGCCCCGACGGCGGCAAAAACUCGACAAGGUCCUCCAGGAUACCUCGUUCAGCCCGUGACAAAGACCUUGCAAACCGUUACGCUCAACUCGUCAGUCAAAACAACCAAGAAUUGUACGUCCCACUCACGGCGAAAGGGGAAUUCUACGAAAUCCACAGCUCGAUGAAAGCAAAGCUCUGCUUUCCCGGAAUGUUGGACAAAACUGGACCGUUGGCUCUUGACAAAGACUGUCUUUAUCGAAUUACGCAUUUACUAAGACGAGUGGCACUUCCAGUCAAAGUCAAAUUGAUCACCGGCCCGCUGCCACCCGGGCUUCCCAAAGAGUUUACAGACACUUUUAUCCUAGAGAACAAAUUUCAAGAACCCUUAAUGGUCACCUGUACUUUACCACCUCCAAAUCAAGAUAUCAUCCAACACCAAAUCAGUUGUAUCAACCUUAACUCUAAUGUGAAAUUAUCAAAAAGUACCUUGGGAUUUGACACUGAAAACCGCCUCUUUAAGUCACAACGACUUCAAGCAGCUUUAGCGUUUUGCCACAAAAACGUCGAAAGUUGGUAUCGAGAAGUUCGACUAGCGCCUGAUUUCAAACAGGAACAACUUUGUCCCGAAUGCAGAAAAAUUUCAAGUGAAUGUGAGGGCAAUUGUGCUGCCCCAGACUUCGACAAUAGACAAAUCAUAACAAAAGAAGUUUUGGAAAAAUUCCCAAAACCGAAAAAAUGGUACAAACAGUUUAAACUUUUAAGCAAGAGCGACGAAUGUCCCCAAUUUGCCGACCUGAAGGACCCUCUCGAUGGCAUGGAAAAAGGCAAGAGCAUAGAAAGGUAUAAAGACAUGUCAAAACUAAUCGAGGAAAAAUUCGGCCGGAAAAGUUACAACCCGGUCAAAAAAUCUGCCAGUUUCAUGUUCUCUACUAAGCGAAUUGACUUGGAGGAGACGAACCAUCAGCUCAAAAACAAUCCAGCUUUGCUCAAAUGUCAGAGUUUAGACACCCAACUCUAUUCUAUUGCUGAAACUCAGAAAUUAAACCAAGAACGUGGUUCUCUUCGAAGUUAUGAUUUCCAGAUGUGUAUUUUGGACGAAAGUACUAGUAAAGACAACCUCAAUGAAAUCAAACCCGUCUCCGAGGUUAAGCUGAAGAAGACCAAGCCAGACCUUAUCCCCACGCUACCGAAAGCCGACCCCGACCAUUCCUACAUCACCGAGAGGCUCUGUUCCGAAUUUCAUGUCAAAACCAAAGUACAAAAACCCAAGUGCUCCAAGAUGGAAGUGCGAUUGAGUGGCCGAUAUCCGAAGAGUGCGCUCACGGUGUACGAACCUCAAAAAACGGUGAUAGUGCAGGUGCACGAGGUCAAGCCCGAUGGCUUUGUUAAUAUUGAUGAUAUACCAUACAGUCAUGUGGCUGAUGAGGUGUGUCAGAGAUCCAGUGGCGGGAAAAGUACAGAUGAGAAUAUUUAUGCGGAGAUCUGCGAGAGUUCCACGUGUACAAGAUGUGAUAAUAGUAAAUUGUGUGAGUGUAAAAGGACUAAGAAGGAGACGGAGUAUUGUUAUGUGAAAUUGGGCUCAAAUGGAGAUAGUGUGACGCAGUCAGAUUCGGAUGAAGCUAUAUACAAUACGUUAAGAUGAAGAUGCGCUUAAAUCUAAUUUAAAUAUUUUUAUUAAUAAUAAUAUUAUGAGUAAUAUUGUUUUACCAAUAAAAUAUUUAAUAUGAUUAUUA